AUGCUUUCGAAGCUCUUCUCGACGACCCUCAAGCUCGCCCUGCCGUCGCAGUCCUCAGCUUCGCCCAAUCCCUAUCGGGCCUUGAACCAAGAUGAAGACGCAAACGAGGAGGGCGAGAGGCCCGAUGGACCAUCUCACGCAUCUGAUGCAGACUCGCAGCUGAAAAACCAUCGAGAUGCGGCGGCGAUGCUGCUCAUCAAGCUGGGCCGCUCACCGGACGAAGUCAUCACGGUUUCUCCCGCCGACGACGCCCGCAUCCUUCGCCGCAUCGAUCUCGCUCUGCUUCCGCUUAUGCUUUCCGUAUACUUUCUCCAGGCUCUCGACAAGGCCACGCUAUCCUACGCAUCGAUAUUUGGCCUGAUCGGCGAUACAGGUCUAAAAGGCGACGAGUUCUCGUGGCUCGGCAGCAUCGUUUAUCUGGCUCAGCUUAUCAUGCAGCUGCCCUUGGCUUGGGCCCUAGUCAAGCUUCCCAUCGGCAAAUUUACCAGCAUCAUGGUACUCGCUUGGGGUAUUACUUUGACUUUGAUGACGUGGGCACAUACCUUUGGACAGCUGAUGGCUGCCCGCUUCUUUUUGGGCGCUUUCGAGGCUUGCGUGGGACCGGCCUUUGUUGCUAUUACACAGAUGUGGUGGAGACGAAGAGAGCAAACGCUGAGGAUCGGAUCUUGGUACUGCAUGAAUGGCUUGACUUGGGUGUUUGGAAGUCUUAUCACAUAUGGACUUGCUAGUAUUCAUUCAUCUUUGAAGCCAUACCAGAUCAUCUUCCUCUUCUUCGGUAUUGUUACGGUCGCAGUGUCCGGGGCUAUGUUCUUCUGGAUGCCGGAUUCUCCUACCGAAGCGAAAUUCCUCACCGACAAUGACAAGAUUAUUGCUAUAGAGCGUCUACGCAAUAAUCAGAUGGGGGUUAUGUCGCGAGAGUGGAGGUACGCUCACUUCUUUGAAGCUCUAAGAGACGUCAAAACCUGGUUAUGGGUCACUAUGAUAUUCUGCAUCUCAGUACCCUCCAACGGCAUAUCCACGUUUGGGCCACUCAUCAUCCACAGUUUUGUGACAGAUCCUUUCAAGACAAUAUUGUUCAACGUUCCAGUUGGAUUUUCUCACGUUAUAGCUGUUUCAUUGAGUGCGUAUGUCUCAAUGAGGUGGAAGCUUAAAGGCCCGGUCAUUGCCAUUUUGUGUAUUCCGCCAAUCAUCGGCUUUUCGAUUCUGCUGCAUUUCCCACAUGACGCUGAGCAUAGAGCAGUCUUGCUUGCAGGAUAUUUCUGUCUUUCCACUUUUACAGGCAUUACACCACUCAUCUAUUCCUGGUCGGCGCAAAAUACGGCUGGAGAUACAAAGCGAAAGUGUACAUCAGCGCUCGUGUUUAUCGGCUCGUCUGCCGGUAAUAUUAUUGGCCCCUUGCUUUUUACGCCAGACGAAGCGCCUUCAUAUUCACGAGGCUUACGCGCAAACGUUUUGUUUUUCACCAUAGUCAUCGUUCUUGUGGGAAUUACAUCACUAUACCUGAAGUAUCUCAACACACAUCACGCCAAGCGCAGAGUGGCACUGGGAAAGAGUGCGACUGUUUUGGAUAUGAGUCUAGAGACUGCAGAGGAGGUAGAGCGCAUGGAGGCGUUGGAGCGAGCGAUGCGAGAGGGAACCCAGAGACUCUCUGUGGAAAACGGAGAUACCAGGCUUGAAGGAGAAGAUGAGGAGAGCGGAGUUCAAACUGAGGACGCCAAGGGCCGAAAGGCUUUUGCUGAUAUUACGGACCUCGAGAAUGAGGAUUUUGUCUUUGUAUUCUGA